AUGUUCCACCCAUUGGCCUCGCUUUUGUUCCGGCUGCUUCAACGGGCUGUUGUCCCUCCACCAUUUCUACUUCUGCGCUAUCUUGGACGCCAUGGGGAAGCGGACACCAUUAUGAGAGGCGAUGAGUUGGCCGCUGCAGAAUAUUUGAGGCCGAUUGAGAUCAUUUCUGGCCUCUGUCGAGCGUACGAACGGCACGAGGUUUCCGGUGAUGCCUGUUCCCGUCUGUGCUUCCGUGAUAAAUGGGAAGUGACAGAAUUCUAUGAAGGGAACAAGGUCGUGAUCGUGAUGAAGGACGGAGGCCAACAAGCCGUUUUCAAGAGUUCUCAUCCUUUUAUUGAAGAUUUUCGUCCUGUGUCAAGAGAUGAGAAUGAGGACACCUUUACCGAUCAGGUUCUCGAGAAGGUGAAUGAGCUUUUGAUGCUCGGAUGGCCGCGGCACUACAAGCGUCACCUUGUUGAGACUGUGUGGCCAACAUUACUCAGAUCACCCGGGCAGCCAUUGUCGUAUGCGGAUCGCCGUUCCUUGCAAGCAUUGAUGCAUCAGGAUGAAUAUGUGACUUUUCGUGUCAUCCCACUCUCACGUGUCACGCCACAGAUUAUCGGAACAUGUGGGCAUUUCUAUCAAACGGAGAAUCUGGUCGCCUUUCGGAUGAAGGGAUAUUACAUGAAUUUGAAGGGAAAGAUUCUCGUCCAUCUGAUGGGUACGCUGAAAUUAUUCUACGAAUUUCUGAACGAACCGUUGCAAUGGUGCGAUGUGAGGUUUGAGAACCUCGGCCUUUCAGCUGAAUACCCAAAACGGUUCGUCGUUAUGGACGGUGAUUUGUUAUACACCGAGUCGCGACUCAAUGAGAUCUUCCACCAAAAACCCUGUGCUACCGAUGAAGAUUGUGUGAUAGGUGACUGCGUGGCCCGUUGUACCGCUGAUCUCACGUGCAGUGAUCGUCGCAACGAGAAUCUGAUCGUGUUCUGCGAAAAGUUGAUCAAUCCUCUUUUCGGGAACAACUGGUCAAAGGGCAACAAAUACCUUGCCGCCUGUCACGACACCGCAUCCAAUUUUACCCAAAAGCUGAAUGAGCUUCGGCUCACGUGGAGCUGGUCCCUUUCUGAAGUC